CGCCAAAUUACGGCAUUAUAUUUUAGGCAAUACGCAUUGUUAUAUUUGCCUUAAAACAUGAAUUUCUCUAGCAAUAAAUGCUCUCCAAAUUAUCGCAGUUCCGUCGCACAGCCCAGACAAAACACGCAAAUGUCUCGUGUCAAUGUGCGCGAGAGUUUGGAGCUGCGGCGACGACGUGCUGAGGCCAAAAACUAUUUGAAAUGGGGUUUCAUCAACUUAAUCAUGAUAGCACUGAUCUCAUUUGAUCUCUGGCAGACAUGCCUCUCGGCCAGAACCACCUUCUGGUACCAGGCGGAGUACACACUCGCCGUGUGCGUCUUCAUGAGCGCCACCGCCUGCAUCGGCAAGUACAUCUGGUGGCUGAUGGUGGACAGCGGCCCGGUGUGCGUCACGGAGCUGCAGCGGUGUCUGCUGGACGAAGGCAAUGAUAAUACAUUCAAGGCUGUGAACAAUAUGUCGAAGCCGCGCGCCUACGAACCGAAUUGUGAUGAAUUGGAUACUGGACCCAUUAUCAACUGGCAUUCUUCGUUUGAGGACUCACGCUGGGGCACGCAGUCACCACGUCGCAGUCCUAGUCCGAUGCGCACGCCGCACCAACAACAGAAGCACCAGCAGCAGCAGCAACAGUUCAACAAUCAAUCCUUUCACAAUCAAUCUUACAAUAAUCAAUCGUAUAAUCGAUCCAUGGGCGCAAAUAACUCACUGAACACCAGUAAUGUGAGCAAUGAGUCGGUCUAUAUGUCGCCCUACGCGGAAGUUUGUCGCGACGAUUUCCCAACCGAUGUGCGCAAGCUGCCGGCACUGAUGAGACGGGCAGAGCGGGAACGUGAACGCAGCUAUGCCGAGCUGGCCGAUACAUCAAAUAUGCAGACCAUGGAUUCGGGAAACUCAUUUUGGAAUUACUGCAAUAAUGCGGCGUAUAUGCUAAAGCGAACGAUCUAUCAGCUGGCACCGGCGCCUGUACCCUCCACAGAGAAUGCGCCCUCUUCGAUUGAGGAUUUUGGCUUUCUUCAGUUCAGGGAUAGCAACUCGGAGGUCAUCAAGCGCAUCUCGACGGUCAAGUUGUCGCAAUACUUAAGCAAUCUGCGAUAUUGGAUAUCCACAACCAUAUUGCAGCGCCUAGUCACGCAGAUCGAUCAUAUGGACGAAGUGUUCCGCCAACGCGGCCUAAGCGAUUUUAAGAUCGGCGCCGUCGGUCUGGAGCGUUUGCGCAAAAUGGCGGAGAACCAACAGUUUGUGCAGAGCUGUGCACCCAUGCUGCCGCUGCUGUUGCCCUUUCUGGACACCUUCAGCAACCAGGAGUAUCUGGUGCAGCGCAUUAGGGAUCUAUCGCAGGGCUCCUGCAUUGGCGACUACCGCUGGAAUUCGGGAAAUACACACAACGGACAGGUGUGGGGCGAGCAUCUGCCCACAGACGCUGCAAUAUUGUUUCAUCUGUUCUGCGUGUACUUGGACAGCCAAUUGAUGCCCCUGCCACAAGGUGGCGGACGGCCAUUCCACUCGCGUUAUGUGCUCACACGCGAGGAGAAACGCUCCACCAAGGACAUAAUAAAUGCGGUUAAUAACAAAGCACACUGCGCCAUACUCGUGACCAACAAUCAACUGAAGCCCAAGUUUAAUUUCAUUAGCGAAAAGGAGCUGCACAAUUGCGCCUACGAUCGCAACAAUUUGUUUUAUGUUAUCAUACAGUUUCUGAUUUAUAUGCGCACACACCAGGAAUCGGCGCUCGAGGGCGUCAACUUGGGCAAGAGCGGCAUCAACAUAAUGUGCGUAAUCGAUGACUGAGGCAGCGAUAAAAAUUGACUUGGCCAUAAAGCAAUGGCCGCCACGCUUAUUAUAUAUUUUAAUUUCUAACGUUUAUUGUUACUCGAUGGCCCGACAAGCCAUAACAAAUAUUGAGCUAUUAAAUUAUGCAUUGUAAUUAU